AUGAAUUUACGCUUUGAACUUUUAGGAAAUGGAAAACAUGAGAGUAACGAUCGACUCUUCAAAAAAGAAGAGAGUCCACCUCCAAGCCCUAUAAAUGGAAUGGAAUUUCUUUUGGAGGAUUCAUUCUACGAUUCUGAAAAAGAUCUUGCGUAUUCGCCGAGUAAUCAAAGUAGCGAUAAUUUAGAGGGAAGUUGUACCAAGUCACUCAAAAUAACUCACAAGGAAAGCCAAAGUAUUAAGAAAGAACAAGUGCUUCAGGUCCAAGAUCUAGAAGUUAAUAAACGAUAUCAAAACUUUUCCGAUGAAAUAGAUGUAGACAUCCAUGAUAUUAACAAAAUAAGUUUAGAUAAUGUAAAUGUUAAUAAUCAUAAUUACAUUCCGGCAGUUGAAGUUAAUUGUGAAAUUAAUCAAAUAGAAAAAAUGGAUACAAGUACAGCCCCGUCUACUUCGAGUGCAUCAAAACAAACCAGAUUAAAGAAUUAUUGUUAUUUUUGUGAAAAUCUUGUUUUAAAUUUUAGUAGACAUCUUGUAACUGCACACCCUUUAGAAAUAGAAGUUCAAGAGAUUUUGUCCAAACCGACCAAAAGUAGAGAGAGAAAAGAAUUAAUUGGACUAAUUAGAAAAAAAGGAAAUUAUUUAAAUUCGCAAGUUCAUUUUAAACCCAUGAAAAAAACGAACAUACCGUGCGAUCAAGAUAAUUAUAUUCCAUGUGAAUUUUGUUUGGGGAUUUACGUGUCUAGGCAGUUAUGGCGUCAUAAAAAGGUAUGUCAAAAAAGAUUAAAUAAAAGUAAGACAAUAAAAAGUCAACUCUUAUUUAAACUUGGAGUCGACAAUGAACUACAAUCAAAAGUGUUUCCAACUAUGAGGUUAGAUAAUGUCUCAAUUUUAGCUAAAAAAGACACAUUAAUUUGUGCAUUUGGAAGCAGAUACCUUAAAACACAUCGAGAACAACAUUUUAUAAAUAUUACAUCUCGAAAAAUGAGAGAAUUAGCAAAAAUUUUAAUUGAAGUUAGAAAAAUUGAACCAACUAUUCAAACAUUAUUUGACGCUUUAAAUCCAAAGUUUUAUGACUAUUUAGUAACAGCUACCAAAAUAAUUGCCAAGUACGAUUCAACUAAAAAAAUAUUUCAAUCGCCUACUUUUGCGAUGAAUAUAAGCACAACUCUAAAACAGUGUUGCGAUAUCGCAAUUACAUAUGCUUUAAAGAAGAAGGGUGUUUAUGCUAAUGUUGCCACUGCUGAAGUCGAAGCAGAUUUAAAAACUAUGAUACAGCUUUUACAAUCUAAUUGGAAAUUUGAUAUUUCAACAGAAGCAUCAAAUCAUUUAAACAUGCAAAAUGGAACAAGAUUACCAUUGUUUCCGCUCGCAAAAGAUCUCAAGUUAUUAAAGGACUAUCUUACUAAGCAAGCAGAGAUAACUACCAAAAAGUUAAAAUCGGACUUAAACGACAAAAAUUCGUACAAGAUAUUAUUAGAAACAAUUUUUUGUAGACUUAUACUACUUAAUAGGAAAAGACCUGGAGAGUUACAACGGUUAUUUUUAGAUACUUACCUUAACUCAGAAAAGGACAAACAACAAAACUACGAGGAAUUUUCGGAGGCUUUAUUACCUUCCGAAAAAUUACUGAUGAAAAGAUUUAAACGAAUUGUAAUUAGAGGAAAACGAGAUCGUGGCGUCCCUGUCUUAAUAAGCCCCGAUGUGCAAGAACAAAUUAAAAUUAUUCUCAAUGCUAGGAAUAAUUUUAUAAGUCAACAAAACAGAUAUUUUUUCGCCAGUGUCAAAAAUAAUGACAAACCCAUUAUUGGGUAUAAGGUAUUGUCAAAUUAUGCUUUGGCAUGUAAAGCAGAAAAUCCUAAGGCAUUGACAUCGACAAGACUUAGGAAACACAUGGCCACUUUAACGCAAUUAUUUGAGAUGAAGGAAAGCGAUUUAGAGCAGCUGUCGACUUUUAUGGGGCAUACGUCAGAAGUUCAUAAAAAAUCUUACAGACUACCUGAUGAUGUGUAUCAAACUGCAAAAAUAACAAAAAUUUUAUUACUGAUGGAGAAGGGCCAGGCAGCUAAAUUUAAAGGAAAAUCCUUAGAGGAAAUAGAAGUAGAUAUGGAAGAGGAGUUAUUUACAUCUGAAAAUACCUCCGAAGAAGUGGAUGAAGCAGAGGAAUUAAGAGACCUUCAUAGGUCACCUGAGUCUACACCUGAACCUAGUACCAGUACAUGCGACCGUAAGAAAGGGAAAACUUACAAACGAAUUAAGAGGGAACGCUGGACAGAACAGCAAAAACGCACGGUAACAGAACACUUUCAGCUUCAUAUUACCAAUAAAAAAGCACCGAAGGAAAAAGAGUGUACACAGUUACUAAGAAAAUAUUCCGAUCUACUUCACAAUAAAGACUGGCAAAAGAUUAAAGUAUUUAUUCAGAACGCCUAUUCAAAAAAGAAGUGA